UGGAGCGGCGCCGCGGCCGGUUGCCAUGGACACGGGCAGCUACAACUCCGUGAAUGGCUUCGCGGUUUCACCCCGUGAAAUUUCAACCCGAGGACUGCUCCCUGGAUUAGGUGGAUUCGUGUAUACACAUUGAUUCAGCCGACGGUUCACCUUCGCUUUGCUGCUUUGACUGGCUGUGGUGGGAAAAAAAAAAAAAAAGAAAAGAAAGAAAGAAAAAGGGGACGCCUCCCUGGGAGCUCGCCAGCCUUAAUUGCCAUUCGCUGCAAGAAAAAGACUACGUUUACCGAAAAAAUAAACAAGGAAGAGAUCAAGAAUGACCGACUGUGACUGGGACAAGAAAAAUACUUCAGCUUCAAACUCAGACACAGAGAUGAAAUCUGAGCAAACGCCUCCUUGUGUAAACCCUGGCAAUCCUGUGUUUUCAUGUAUGUUGGACCCAAAGACACUCAGUACGGCUACCUCACUAUCCAAACCAAAGAUGAUUAUGUAUAAAACCAAUUCAAGUAAUUAUGGUGAAUUUUUACCUAUGCCACAGUUCUUUCCCUGCAAUUAUACUCCAAAGGAACAAAUAUUUUCAAGCCAUAUCAGAGCCACUGGAUUAUAUCAAAAUAACACUCUAAAUACUGCACCUGACAGAAGCAGAACCCUUGAUUUUCCCAAUUUCCAGCACACUCUAUGAAAAUAUCUCCCUUUGUACAUUUAAGAGAAAAUAUAGCCAUGAAAAUGAGCUUUAAAUAUCUAAGGCUAUAGUACCUAAUUUGGAAAAUAAAAGGAUUUGAUUUAAUUUAAGAAAAAAAACACCUUUAAGAAAUAAAGUAUUUCAACUGACAAUUGAAUGACUUCUUAAAUUAAAAUGUGUUCAAAAUAGCAGAAUAAAAGGUUUCUUUAGCACAUCUUAGCUUUAUUUAGUACAUGUACUCCAAAACAUUCAAAAUGCCUUCAUGAACUAAGUGGCUACCUCGUAUAUUUAUCAAGACAAAGGAACAUAGGUGCUGAAUUAAACGGAAAUUCUGACCAGUAAUUUCCCACUUCUCAUUUAUUUUACCUAAUGUCUUAGAACUUGGGGGAAUGUUAGGAACAAGUUCUCUUUUCCACUGCUAGUCUGGUGUAGGAGAGAAAUUAUGAUUGAUUCAUUCAUUAGCAAAUAUUUGUUUAACACCUGCUUAUAGCAGGCACUAUACCAUACAAAUGAAACACGGAAAUAAAAGACAGUGUCUUUCAUUGUUUCAAUGAAUAACAUUUGGGGACAAAUAUUUGGAGACUAAGCAACAUGCUAUUAAACAACUAUUGGAUCAAUAGGAAAUUAAAGGAGACACUUCUAAAAACCUGGUGACAAAAGAAAACAAAGAAGUUACCAGAACCGGCAGGAUGCAACAAAUGUAGUACUAAAAUAGAAGUUUAUGGAAGGGAAGAAAUAUAAAAGUUAGAGCAGAAAUAAACAAAAUAGUGACUUUUAAAAGCAAUACAAAAGAUCAA